CGUGCGCGUGCGCAGCCGAAGCAUAUCUCGAACGGAGUUUGAGCCGAGUCGCAGCCGAUCUGGGUUGAGUCGGAGCUGCUGGGUACCAUGCUAUCCCCUGAGGCGGAGCGGGUGCUGCGGUACCUGGUGGAGGUGGAAGAACUCGCCGAGGAGGUGCUGGCGGACAAGCGGCAGCCCCUGGUCUGUUGGGAGGUGAUGGUGUGAGGCAAGAGGGAGCUGAGUUCCCUCCUGCCCCUGUGCUUUGCAGAUUGUGGACCUGGACACCAAAAGAAAUCAGAACCGGGAGGGCCUACGGGCCCUGCAGAAGGAUCUCAGCCUCUCUGCAUCUAAAACAAUGCCUGGCAGAGAGUAAGUGCUCAAAAAUAUUUGUUGAAAGAGUGACCAUUUGCCAUUUCAGAAGAUGUGAUGGUUUGCUUCGGGAGCAUGUUUAUCAAGAUGCCUCACUCUCAAACGAAGGAAAUGAUUGAGAAAGAUCAGGAUUACCUGGAUAAAGAAAUAGAGAAACUCCGGAAACGACUUAAAGUGAAGGUCAACCGCCUCUUUGAAGCCCAAGGUAUGGGCCUGGAGGGAACUGGAAACCAGGAGGGGAGAGAACUAUCAAUGUCAGCAUGGACUUUGCAGAGCACGGUUGGGAAGCCCCUGCCAGGCAAACCAGAGUUGAAGGGUUUUAACCUGAACCCCCUCAACCAGGAUGAACUUAAAGCUCUCAAGAUCAUCUUAAAAGGAUGAAACUCAAGAACCAAGAUGGGGUACCAAAGACAGCUUCUCCUCCCCCCUCCCCCCCCCGACCCAGCAGUCAUGGAGGACCCAGGACUCUCCAGCUUUAUAACCUGCAAGGACAUGAUCUACCCUAUUAGGAGAUAGGCGUGAGGAAUCCGAGCAUGAGAAGCCUCUGUCUGUGGGGAUUGCUGCUCUGUGAUGGCAGGAGGGAGCCCUCAGCCUACCAUUGUCUGCUGGGUCCAACCACUGGAGCUGGAUGGACACAAGACCCAUUGAUAGGCCCCGGCAGCCACCAGUGGGGGGUGGGGGCUGUGCCUGUGAGGGUGUGAGAAUGACCACAGCAGGCACUUUUAACAAGGGCCUGCUGUUCAGAUGGGCCCCUGGCAGCCGCGGGGAGCAUCAUUCCUGCAUUCCUUUCAGGAAGAGAGGCAUUCUCAAGCAGCAUGUAGUGGAAUUGGAAUAAAGCAGGCAGCUCACAGGUGGUUUCUGAAUGCAGGGCAGAAUCUUGGUGCUUCGUAGUUCACCGCAGCCUUCUGUGGGGCACACGCCAUUCCCCACCGUGGCCUCCACUUUGGCCCUUUUUUCCUGCUUGUCCCCGGGAUGGAGCCCAGCGUGGAUGCUGCGUCUCAGACUCAUGCACCUGCUAUUUAGUCAGGAAGGCCUUACAGAGUCCUGUACCACGGAUGAGGGAGGGAGCUGCCUCUUCACGUGGCCCUCCGCCACCUCUGAAGGCAGGGCCCGGGCCAGACUGCUCAGAGUUACCGCCCGCCCGCCCUCAGCGGUCUCAGAUCCGGGGGUGAAUGUGCUGUGAGGACAGCACUGUGUCUUUCAUGUUCUUUGAGGGCUUAAUAAACGUUUCCUAAAUGAA